AUGUUGCUCAAAUUCUCCACUUCCGAUAUCUGCCAGACGUCCCUUAUCGACUGCGCGACAGGCACCGUCGCCUUUCGCACCACUACCGAACGCCCUCAGCGCCCUCGCACGGGCUCAUGGUCCUCUACUAGCACAGCCAGCUCCUCGACGUCGCAGGAUCCACUGCCCAUGUAUUCAGACGACCGCUCUACGACGAUCGUGCGAGAUGGGGAUGAGAACAUUGUCGCAGAGAUCACAUGGCAGGGCCGGUCUGCAUCGCUGAUACGCGUCGGCGACGAUAUCGUCAAUGGUGCUGCAGAACUGUUUGAUGCCGCGUUCGUGAAGAUAUACCCAGAUGAGACCCUGCUUCCUACACGGUUGGAGUACGUAUGGCGGUUGACGGCGGACAGUUUAACUCUCCUCGACGAUGACGAAGAGGAAAUUGGCGCUCUGCAUAAGAACUGCGUCCCAGCCGAAGGCGCACCCAGCACCUUGGUUCCCUGCCCAGCGACCGGCGAGGGGGACGAUUACUUGGAGCUCGGAUCUCUGCCGUCAGAUGAGGUAGUAGAAAUGCUCGUAUGCUCUCUGCUCCUAGAUGACCUCCGUGAGCGCAUGUUCUCCGUUGCACGCUAUGUCUAUGGCUCGAGUCAGAAGAAAGGCCCCCUCGCAAACAUCCGCCGGCGGGCAUCACGCAGCAUGGCGCAUCUGCGGGAUAGCCUCCGCCGCAAGGCCUCUUCAUGA